UGCCGGACGGUGAUGAGAAUCCGAGUCUGCGAGGAAGUUUAAACAGACCGCCAACUCGAAAAAAAGGUAUAAGAAGAUGAAUAUCUCCCAGCUUGAAGAUAUAUUCUCUAUCAGACUCUCCAGUAACAUCCAAAACAUAAUCAACACUUCCCAAACCAACCUCAAUUAUCUACCGCCAACAUGGUCCGCAUCGCCGCUAUCGCUUUAUUCUUCAUCGCCAGCGCCCUUUCGGUGCAGGCUUGCACAUACUGCCAGUGCGAAUUCUCAAACGGUGGUCACUGCUGUGUCUACUCAGUAAGUUCCAUUGCGUCUUUGGCUUGUAUCCAUGUAUUUCAUAGCUCGGAAACUAACCUUCUAAACAGGAUGAUGAGGUAGGCAACCUCGAUUGCAAGAAGUACUGCGCCAAUGCUCAUCGCGCUGAUGGUACCAAUGGUGUCGGAGGUCCCGGAACUGCUUGCGCCGCUGGAGGAGCUUACAAGUGCGCCACCAUCCCCGACUCUCUUGACCGCACUCCAUGCUACAAGCAAUAAGCGGAUCGAAACGAAGAGGGAGCUGCGGAGGGUAAUUAGCGGAGGGAUUGCUAGGAUGGGGAUGGCACAGUUAUGCACCAAGGCUCCGUCUGUCUUGUCAUUAUGGAAGAGAAUCAUGAUAGCUGAAUUGGAGAGUAAUAGUAGUGGCUAGGCAGUAGCAGGUCACUGAGUUCAAAAUCGGAUUGAAUUCAUAUUGAUGACUUGAAUAGUUUUUGCAUCGUGAGAUAUCGCAUCAGUGACAGUGAGGAAU